ACGUGAGAACAAACACGCGAAGAAGAAAACGCGGAAGAACAUCAGUCGCCGACAAAAGAUAGCGCUAAUGAAAAGCUGGAGUAAACAUUUACAUCGUAAAACAAACAUAAUUUGACGGAAUAUACUUUACGUUUCAAACUACUCGUUAAGUAGUGUGGUUUUUCGAUGAAAAAUGGAUGCUAAUGGACUGUAAAAUUGCAGGCGCAGAUAGUAAUCAGUCGCCAUGGCAUCAGAGGAGGAGAUCAGCUUAUUGGUCAUCGUGGUGGACGUUAACCCGAUAUGGUGGGGACAGCAAGCACAACGUGAGCCGCAGUUCACCUUGUCCAAAUGUAUGGACGCCGUCAUGGUGAUGGCCAACUCCCAUGUGGCUAUGAACAGGAGCAACAAGCUGGCCGUCAUCGCCAGCCACUGUGAAGACAGUCACUUCCUGUAUCCCAGCACCAAUCACAGAGCCGGCGACAAUGCAGACGAUGUGUGUUCCGGUGGCGACGGAAAGUACGAAUUACUCUCUGUCGCCAAUAACGUCAUGGCCGAGGAGAUCAGGACUCUGAUGUCCAAAAUUGAAGUAAAGGGAAGUUCCACCGACACGUUGCUUGCGGGAUCCCUCGCCAAAGCGCUCUGCUAUAUCAACAGAGUCUCAAAGGAACUUGAAGCGGGACAGGAGAUCAAGUCGCGGAUUUUGGUGAUAAAGGCAGCAGACGACUGCGCCCUGCAGUACAUGCACUUUAUGAACGUCAUCUUUGCUGCCCAGAAGCAGAACAUCUUGAUGGAUGCGUGCGUGUUGGAGUCAGAUUCCGGUCUCCUCCAGCAGGCAUGUGACAUAACAGGAGGCUUGUACCUUAAGAUACCGCAGAAGUUGGCCCUUGCUCAGUACCUGCUGUGGGUGUUCCUGCCCGACGCGGAGCAGCGUUCCCAGCUGGUGCUGCCGCCGCCGGCCCACGUGGACUACAGAGCGGCGUGCUUCUGCCACCGCAACCUCAUCGAAAUCGGCUAUGUCUGCUCCGUUUGCCUGUCGAUAUUCUGCAACUUUAGCCCCAUCUGCACAACCUGCGAGACUGCCUUCAAAAUCCAGCUCCCGCAGAUGGUUAAAGGCAAAAAGAAGAAACUCAAAGCAUCAUGAUAUUAUUAUUAUUAUUAUUGGCCUAAAAUAAUCAUUAGUGCAUGCAUCUGAUUUUUUAAAAUGUAGAAGCUAUUUUUUGUGGAAAAUAUUUUCCUUACUAAAUGCAAACAUUCAGUUCCUAAUAUCUGACGUAGCUCAACAAAUGACUUUUUUACCUAAUAAAAUCCACAUUACAACCAGCUUUUUGUUUUUUUUCAAAUAUAAUAGUGUGCUUUCUAAUAGGUCAUGUGGAUAGCUAAGGUAACCAAACCACUAUAAUAAACAUACUGUUGCAUUACUUUCAGAAAGGCUGAUUGUUUUUGCGUUAGAGGGUGCCUAAUCAAAUGUCCUGUGGACGUCUCAUCCCAAUGUGACAUUUCAGACAAGUCAGCCCAAAUGUAACAUCGCAAGGUUUUAUUCCUGGUGAAUAAAGCAAACAGAUGGGUAAGAGGCAUGGUCUAUUGUGAUGUUGUGGUUGAUGAUCACCGUGGGAUUGGGACAAUAUUGCACCUGGACAACAAAAAAGGCAAAUAAUGAGCGUGUGUGUUUGUUUUUUUUUGUUGUUUUUAUCAAGGCAGGGGGUGUCGUGCAGACUCACCCCAGUAGACCUCUGCCAGACCACCUCUGUGGGGUCAGACUCAUGUGAGCUUUCUGACCCUCCCGGAUCACCGUCACUCGAAGUGGCUUCUGCACAGGACAAGGAACGUGAAUCAAUAUGUGAAAUGAAACAAAAAAUAGUAAUUUUGAAAAAAAAUUGGUUGGGGGAAAAAAACGUAUAAUAUUACAGGAAUAACGCCAUAAUAUACA